AGCCAGCAGUCAUGGCGGCUGGUUUGAGUGUCCGAGCUGAGCGGUUCUUCACGGCGCGAUACUUGUCUUCCCUGUAGACCCGGUACCGGCGCUUACUCCUUGUUAGAUUUUAAAUUCACGUCUCUUGUAUUAUAAAGAUAGCAAAAGAAAAAAUAAAAAUCGUUUGGAUGUCUAUGGACAGCUGGUAGUAGGUAGCCUAGCUAGCUAGCAUACGGCUCUUUUCAAUGACUUUGUUUUGAAUGUUGUUAUAACGUUGUGGGUGCGUUACUGCAAAACCUUACACCUAAUAACAGUAUGUAGAGUAAAUUACCAUAUAAAUGUACCUUAUAAAUGUACCAUUUAAAUGACGAAUACGAUGCGUCGUUACGUAAUUCUGUGGCUCGGCUGUAUUGUAAAAAUAAACUUAUGUGCUUUCUCAACCGAAACGCUUCAAAUUAAAUUUUCCCUGGGUGACAUUAUAAGCUAUCAAAGCCACGACUGUACCAGCCCUUAAAAUUCGCGGACGAUGGCGGAUGGGGAGCUUAGUCUGAUUGACAAGAACAUAAGAAGCUUAUUGGAAAUCCCGCUUAGUUCGAAGGUCAGAUCUCUAAACCUUCACUGCAACCGCAUCUCUAAGAUCGAGGGGCUGACUUCUGCUUGGCAUAUACGGCAGUUGGACCUGUCCUCUAACCAGAUCAGCCGCAUCCAGGGGCUGUGCUCCUUAACCUCCCUGCAGAGCCUCAACCUCUCCUGCAACGUCAUAUCCAGGGUCGAAGGACUCCAAGGGCUUGUGAACUUGGUGAAGCUGGACUUGUCAUAUAAUCAGAUAGGUGACUUAUCUGGUUUACUUCACCUCCAUGGGACGCAAUACAAACUGAAGCACCUUCGCCUGCAAAGCAAUCAUGUGAGCAGCAUGAGCCAGGUGCUGCAAUGCCUGCUGGGAUUGCCGAGUCUAAGCAGCGUGGCCUUCAGCGCCGACGGUAGUGGGAAUCCGGUCUGUGAUGUUCCGGGCUACAGAGACCUAAUCCUGCAGUCCCUGCCGCAGCUGUCUUCCCUGGAUGCAGUGGACCGGCAGGGUAACCCCUCCCCCUGUCUGGAAGAGUGUGCUGUCGAUAUCCCAGGGAUGGAGGACUUUUCUGAGUUCCUGCUGUCAGACAGCAGCAUCGCCGACGAGAGGGCCGGUGCGGAUGCCCCGCAGCUGACGCCAUCCGUCGACGAUACACUGACCAGCCUCCGCCAGCGGAUGGGCAUUCUAGGGGCCACCGGCGUAAGGGAGUGCACACCCUGUGGCCCCAGGAGCACGGGCCCCGGAAUCUGCAGGCCGCAGGUCUCCCAGCUUUUCCCGGAGACUCCCAGCACCUCCACCUCCACCCCCACCCUCGUCUGUAAACCUCGCAGAGACACGGACCACACCUCUGACAGCGAGUGCGAUAACAGGGAGGAGAGCUGUCCCAAGGGGGGGGGGCAGAAGUCCCGGGUCCCCGCUGGGCGAAAGGGCCCAGUGGCCCCCAGGAAGAAGAACUCUGGGGAGCUGAAGGGACAGAGGUCACACAGCACUUCAGAAAGUGCCGUCUCAGACAGCAAGUCGGCAACCUCCUCGGGAAAGAAGGCGCCCCCCUGCUCAUCUUCCCAGCGCGUGGAGACGGGGAGGGCGGAGAGAGCGGGCCUGAAGGAUGCAGAGUGUCUCCCAGAGGAGAGAGAGGAGGAGAGCUUCAGGGUGGUGGUGGAGGAGCGUGACCAGGAGCGGGAGAGGCGCUGGAAAGCAGAGCAGGCCGUCCGGAAGCUGACGGAGCAGCUGAGCAGCUUGGAGAGGAAGGCCGGCCAGGAGAGGGACAUCCAGAGCAUGGCGCUGCACACAUCCGACCGGCUGAAAGAGGUCCUCCUGAAGGAGCGUGCAGCACGAGUGGAGCUGCAGCAGCAGGUGGAGGAGCUGCGGCAGGAGCUGGCCCAAGCCCAUGGGCGGGAGGACCGCCAGCAGGGGGCGCUGCGCAGCCUCCAGGACACCGCGGCCCGGGAUGAAGCUCUGAGAGCCCAGCAGCGGGCUGAUGAGGCGAGGAGGACCCAGGAGCUGGAGAACACGGUGUCUGCCCUGAAGAGGGAGCUGGAGAUCCUACGGGCGUCUGCACGGCAGCACAAGGAUAAGCUACAGCAGCUGCAUGAGCUGCUGACCUCCCGUGAGCAAGAGCACAGGAAGGAGCUGGAGGCGCGGCUGAUCCCGGGCGGCCCGGAGUUCCAGGAGGCGGUCUCGCGUGCGGUGGCCCCCGUGGAGCGGGGCCACGCCCAGCAGCUGGCUGACCUGCGGGAGAAGGUGAACGGCGCACAGGCGAGAUACGGCGAGCUGGAGGACGAGUUCCGCGCGGCGCUCACCAUCGAGGCUGGUCGCUUUUCCGAGGUGAAAACGGCCCUGGAACUCCAGGCGGCAGAGCUGGUGGAAUGCAGGGCCAAACUGUCCAGGUGUCAGCAGAGGGAGCGUGAGUCCGGAGCACUGGUGCAGGAGCUCACUAGCAUGGUGAAGGAGCAGAAGGCACGCAUCGGCGAGCUGGUGAGAUCCAAGCGGGAGGUUGUCACGGAGCUGAAGGUAGGUGGCGCUGUGUGUGUGUGGCACAUAAAGGAGCCGCCGUCUGUGUGUGUGUGUGUGUGGGGGGGGGGUAAUCGCUUUUCAAAACGCAGAUGCUUUUGUAUCGUGAGGUUCCUUCCUUCAGCAGUGACCUUCGCAUCAAAGGAAGCGCAGAAGGUCACGCCGACUCCAUUCACACUCUCCGGGGAAUGUGGGCAGGAGAGAGCAGCCAUUGUCAGCGCUCGCCUGCGGUCCCUGGAGGCCACGGCAGAGGAGGACAAGCGCCAGGCCGUCCAGGUGGAGCUGCUGAAGCAGGAGAAGUCCAAGCUGCUGUCCCAGCUGGCCGCCCAGGAGUCCGUCAUCGAGGGCCUGCGGGCCGAGCGCAAGCUCUGGGGCCAGGAGCUGGCACAGCAGGGGGCCUCCCUGGCCCAGGACCGGGGUCGCUUUGAAGCCCGAAUUGAGGUGCUGAACGCGGAGCUUCAGAGUCUGAAGAAACAGAGCGAGAGCGACUGCACCUCACUCAGGAUCAAAGCCAAGAUUGUGGACGACCAGACGGAGACCAUCCGCAAGCUGAAGGAGGGCCUGCAGGAGCGCGAUGAGCAGACCCGGCGCCUCCGGGAGGAGACCCUGCAGGCCCAGCGGCAGUUCGAGGCGCGGCUAGAGGAGGAGACGGCUCCGCUGAGAGAGCAGAAGGAGCACCUGGAUCAACUCAGCUCCCGCAAGGAGGAGCUGGAGCUGCUGCUGGAGGACAGGGAGGCCGAGCUGGAGGAGGUGAAGAGGGAGCACAGCACCAUGAACAGGAAGUGGCAGGACAAGGCAGAGCUGCUGACCCGGCUGGAGUCACAGGUCAGACGCAUGAAGGAGAACUUUGACAUCAAGGAGAAGGUGCUCAUGGAGGAGAAAGAGAGAGCCCAGCAGGAGCACAGGGCCGCGGUGGAGAAGCUGCACAGCAUGGACGACGCCUUCCGCAGGCAGAUGGAGGCGCUGCAGGUGUCCCACCAGGCUGAACUCCUGCAGCUCGCCGGCGACAAGCAGAAAGACGUGGAGCUGGCAAGGCAGAGGGUGCUCCAGGUGGAGGAGGAGAUGCGGCAGCUACUGGAAGAGACCGAGUCGAGGAGGAGGACGAUGGACGAGAAGAUGAGGCUGCUGACGAGUGUGCUGAAGGACUUUUAACCAGUCUGCCGUUAUACUCCUUCCUCAAGGGACUGUAAACAUGCCGAGCUUCUUUUAUUAAUGCGUAUGAAACCACAGCUCGUUUUAUACACGAGACAAAAAGCAAUUUUAGUGAAAUUUCUCCUUAAAUGAUCGAUUUUUUUAUUUAUGGUUUUUAGUGUUUUCUGUACAGUGGAAAGGCAAAUGCAAUGCUGAUACACUUUAUUUCCAGUGUUCCUGUUGUAAUUAUUUAUACGUAUUUUUAAAUAUAACCAUGUACUGCAACACGAAAUUAAAAUGCUUUUGGGGGAAAAUGUUGGCAAAGUGCAUUUGCUGUUUACUGACAGAUUCUGUCUUCCUUCGAAUACUAAGCUGACGUUUCAGACAAUAGAUUUAAGCUGUAGUCCUCCAGGUGUUUCCGUUCCAGCCUUAACAGGAUCAGUCAGGUAUUUUUUCAGUGCUCUACAUUUAUUGUAGUUUAUACGGAGUUUUACUGUUUAUGUAAGGAGCUGUUGUGAACAAGAAAAAAAUGAAAGUCAAUGGUCUCUAUCAGGUCGUCUGGGAUUGGGAAUGUUUUGUGCUUUGUGAACUGGAAGUGUUGUGGGCUGUACGGCCAGGAUGCAAAAUAAAAAUAAAUUCUGUAAUCAAAA